AUGUCCCAGCGAAUCUUUUUCUCAGCUUUAUUGAUUCUGUGGCUGGCGAGCCGCGCAUCUGCCGAUGGCGGCGACGACUUUGCGAAUAACCUCGCCUCGGAUCUCGGUCCCAUUAUCGCGCUAUUUGGCGAGCGGGUAGUCAUGCAAUUCAUGAGCCAAGCUGUCGGUAUAGCAGACUGCAUCCUCUUGGCCGUGGCCCCAAUUGGAGCCAUCACCACCGUCGUGAGCGCUAUUAGGGUAGCAGGGCCAGCUUGGCUGAAAUCAUUUAUCGGACGAGCGAGAGAAAACCUUGCUGCGGCGGAGGUAGAAGUUAUGUCAUCCACUUCGACAGAAACUUGCGAACUUUGGAAUGGCAACAGCGUGGUCAGAUGCCCCGGGUCGGCCGAUAUUUACCAGUUUAUCUGCUUGAUACCGAAAACCAAAAAAAUCGAAGAUUUGAAGCCAUUCGAUGUUGAAUGCACAAAACUACAAGCAGAUGCCCAUCAAGAGACGGAGAAGAAAAAUGGCGGGAAUGCUGAGAACAACCAAACCGAUGGCCAAGCAACUGAACAGGCUCAAGAAAAUACUAAACAUGUUCAAGAAGAAACUGCACAGAUGCAAGAAGACACUGAACAGGUCCAAAAAGAAAAUAACCAGGUCCAAGAAGAAACUGAGUGGUUCAAGAUAACAAAAAGAACUGGGUCAACAUCUAUUCAACAGGGUUUCAUAAAGAGUACAACUUCGAUAUCAAGCAAAUUAAAAUGCCUUUGGCAGGGCUACAGAGAUGGUAUAAAUUUGAUGUCCGGCAAAUUGAAACGAGUGCGAGUCUUUCUAUUUCACCCUGCAACAAAAGAACGCUCCCUUUCAGCCGCGGAAAGUCAACAGGAGUCAGGCAUGGACCCUCCCACAAGAAUAUCUGAAUGUUCAACUCGAACGAAAGCCCAUUCGAUGGACGCUCCUUCAACAAAUCACCCAGAAAAUGAAGAAGGCUUGAAAAUCAUUGUUAUUGAAGACAAGGAUGGCAGCGCUCCAAAUCUUCUACUUAAUUGCCACGAUAGAGUCGGCCGGAGCGAAAUAUAUGUUGCUGCUGCUAUUGGCCUGAUUCUACAAUUUGGAGCUGUAGUGUAUUUCGGUUUCAUUACCUACUACAAACCUACCCAAGACACUUUCUUGAAGGAUGGCAGAAAGGUGGUCAAAUACGCUUUUCCAUGCGCCGCAGUGGGAACUCUGCUGCUUGUGCUUGGCUUGUUCAUAUGCUCUUGGGUCGUUGGCAAAAGCACGAAAGAAACAUGCUACGAAGCAGAGAAUCACCACAUAUAUGUUGUAUGGCUACAGAAAGAUCAUACUGUGAGCGACCAAGUGUUCAAGCCAUUUGCAGUUUACCCAACUAGCGAACGACAAUAUAUUACCAUGUCUCGACGACGAAAUAUCAAGCAUCGACGAAAUGAAAUCGGAGGCCCUAUUGUUCAUGUCCUAAACAGACUACUCCAUUACGACAAAACAGCGGAGAAAACGGGCAACAAUAAUGACAAGCGUACAACAGAAGUUGACAGCCAACCUCUAUACUGGCCAAUGGAACCUAUUACGUUUAUUGGCGCUCUCAUUUCUCUCAUUGGAUUCAUUUCGCAAUUUAUCGGAAUGCGAGGACUAAACUGGACAGCAUCAAUCGUACAGCUUGGAAUCACGAUACUGGUUACUAUAAUGCGUGUCAUAGUUCGACGCGGUUUAGGAAAGCCUCCCGCUCAUACGUCCUUGAAUCCGAAAUUUGAGCUUGACUGGUUUGUCUUGAGCUUUGGACAACUUUCUAAAGCCCCAUGGGUCAAUCCUGGUCAAACUUCAAGAGACUCUGCCGACCAAAAGAAAGAUGCAAGAGACGAAACCCGGCCCAAAUGGGAAAUUCGUACUCGUACCGGGGGUGAGCUGACAUGUCAUACGGAUAGCAGUCAGCCUAUCGAAGAUUCGGAACCUCAUAGAAUUAUGCUGAUGCGAAAACGUUUGGGAAAGCUUUCAAAGUGGAAAAGUCCAUUCUUGGAAGAGGCUAUCCAUCUAUCAAGAGCAAUUGAAGCAGUCGCGACUACAUUCUUAAGUGGACCGAACGAAAGCUAUAAAUGGAGCAUUCCAGCGAUUUACACACAGUACAAUGUUGCAGAGCCUACUGAAGGAAAGAAUGUCAAAGAAAAGGUUGUCGAAGAAAAGGUUGUCAAAGGAAAGAUCUACAUAACAAUUUACAAAGAUGAGUCACAUGCAUGGCGAGUUGACGAAACAGAACUAGAGGCAAUUCUCUCUUUAUGGUUGUACUCAACCUCAUCGAUAGACCUUCCUGAAAUUAGUCGACCACGGAAUUUGAGGGCUUAUGAACUAGAUGGAUCUGAAGAACGCCUAACUAGAGACCUUCAGUGGUGGAUGCCCGAAAAUAUUCCGCAAAGCUUCAAGCCGUAUUCAGAAAACGAACUUACUGAACUUAUUGAAAAAGAACCAAAACGCAUAACCGUGGGCUACAACGUUGAAGACGGCGCCGCGAAAAAAUCAACUGCUACAGCACAGCCCGACCUCAUGAAGAAAUAUUUUGUUUUUGAAUGUCAAGACAAUCGGCAAAGGCUCUUCUCUCGGGAAUUGUUCUAUUCAUUCAUGCGCGCAAUUGCAAAGAUGCCGGAGGUUGACAUUGCAAGCGCAUCGAGUGCACAUCCUUUGUCUCCUAGUACAAUGAGUGGAGGAUGGGAGCAGAUGAAACUUAAAAACGAAACUAUCUCCGACUUGGCGAAAAAAUUAGAGAAGAUCGGAUUUGGAUCACUGUCGGACAUCUACAUUGAUCUAAUUAUACCUCUCACCCUUGAACAUAAGUUGACGAACGUCAAGAAUAUUAUCGAUGAUGUCGCAAGGGAAGCACAUGAAUACGAACGCACACUACAAUGGGAAAAUGUGGUUGAGACCUGUAAUCGUCUUCUCAAAUUAGCUCUGCGCUUCGAUCUCGAAAAGGAUUCUUCUUCCACGCGAGCUGUAGCUAUCUGCCUCGGAUUUCUCUACAGAUUGCACCAUGAAGCAAAGCUUCAAGAAACUGAAAGGAGGAUAGAAGAUGACUUGAUAACACAACUAGAAAGCCUCAAAGAAAUUUUGGCUGGUGAUACUUUUUCAGCUUAUUUUUCGACCAUCUUGCCAGAUAGACAUCAAUUCUUCGCCGCGACUCUCAGCAUGCUGGCCGGCAUCAAUAGCACCCCGAUAUCAUUUCCGAGUAGUUUUCAAAUUACUGCUACGAAUCUCGAUAUCAUAAAGGCAAGAGAUUCCAAGCAAAGAUUAGCUAUUCGGAAUAUCGAAGAAUUUGAAAAGACUGAUGCCUUUGGUUGGUCGCUGCUUCACUAUGCUGCCAAUUUGACCUUAGACAUAGAUAACAACUGGCAAGAAAGCGACGAGACUGCAUUCCCUACGCCUCGAGACCUCAUGGAAUGGACACCUUUGCACCAUGCUUGUGUCUUCGGCAACAAGGAACUGGUGGAUAUGCUGCUCAGAUACAAAACUCCGAUUGAGAUUGCUGGGAAAGACGGAAUCACGCCAAUGCACUGCGCUGUCCAAAGCGGGAAAGUCGAAAUAGUACAACAACUGAUUGGCUACAAAAAGCACAGAAGAAAUAUACGCCAUGUGGAUCGCAACGAGAGACACCCGAUUCACUGGGCUGCAGUCGAGGAAACGUUGAGAUGGUCCACUUAUUGGAAGACGAUAUUGAUCUACCAGAUCGGCGACAAUGAACUCCGUACGCCUCUGCAUCUUGCUGUGGAAUAUGAGUUAACAGAUGCCGUACAAACAUUAAUUCAAGUUGGUGCGAAUGUCAAAACAUCGAGGAAAGAUGGAAGAACCCCGCUACAUGUAUCACUAAGUCGUGGAAAAGAUGGGUUGGAGGUUGCAAAGCUAUUGCUUCACGCCGGUGCCGACGUCAAUACAGUGGCUAAAGACGGUGCAACUGCAUUGCAUAUAGCAGCGCAGAGCGGCAGCCUGUUUGACUUUCUCAAUUUCUUACUUGACAACAACCUAAAGACACCGGCUAUUGAUGCAACUGAUGAGUACGGACAAACGGCAUUGCUUAUUGCAAUCUAUGAGAAAGAGUGGGAGGCUGUGCAGCGACUACUUGAUAUGAACGCUAGCGUCGACGCAGAUCAGAGAAAGGGAUACACGCCAGUGCUCGGUGCUGUUUUGGGGGAGAAUCAAGAUAUUUUACAGCAGUUGUUGGACAGGAGAGCCAGCGUUGACGAUGCUGAUGGAGAUGGAUAUUCAGCAUUGCAUAUUUCUAUCCUCAACCAAAAACAGAGGAUCUUUCAAGCACUUCUGAAUGCUAAUGCGAAUAUUGACGCUCUUAUAUCAGGGAGAAAUGAUACUCCACUGCAUAUUGCUGUUCGCAAAGGCCAGAUUGAUUUCAUACAAACUUUACUCAGUAAGGGGGCCAAUACGACAGUGCUCAACUUUCGUGGCUUCUCGCCGUUACAGCAAGCUUUGCACAGUGGGGGUGUUCAAGCCGUGCAAAAGCUAAUAGAGCAUGAUAAAACAUCAACCACCAAAGCGGCAUUGCAAAGGAACAAGGAGGGUGAUACUCCGCUGCACACACUGUCUGCGCGGAGAUUUCGUGACUCUACUAAGUGCAAAAUGCUUGACAAACUCAUGAGCAUUGGCCCAGAGAUUGAAAUUAAUGCCAAGAAUAUCAAAGGGCUUACACCACUAGAUUUAGCUCUCACUGAGGCAAGAGAGCAUCGCCAAUUCAUUUUUGAUUUACUGGAAAAGGGUGCAGAGCCGGGCUCAGAGACUAUGAGGACAAUAUUAGAAGAUUGGAAAGACGACCGUCUUGAAUUAGAAGCCUUAGCCGAAUAG